AUGGACCUAGUGGGCCUGCUAGAAAGAUUGGCAUGGGGCCACCGAAACGUACUAGUCAUCCUUGACUAUGCCACACGGUAUCCAGAAGCCAUUCCUUUAAGAAACCCCACAUCCAAGGCAAUAGCAAAAGAACUACUCCAGGUUUUUGCCAGAGUGGGCAUCCCUAAGGAGAUCCUGACUGACCAAGGAACCCCCUUCAUGUCGAAAUUAAUGAAGGACUUAUGGUUUCACAUUAUCCAGACGAUAUACGGCUGUUAUCUCUGGGAUGACAACGUCAUUCAGGUGUUUUACCAGGAUUCAUAUGAUGGACGAGAUUUUCUUAUCUUUGAUAAGGAGCCCAUGACUUGGGUAGCAGCAGAUAUUGGGGCUCAGAUCACCAAGAGGAGAUGGGAUGUUGAAGUACAUGACAACCAGGGAUGGAAACAGUACCUGGAGGAGACAUGUAGAGAACUUCUUAGCCAGGAAAUAGAGUACGGGAAGGAGACUCUGCAGAGGAAAGUGCGCCCAGCAGCUAGAGUGAGUGACAGGUCAUCCCAUGAUGGCCUCACCACCCUCUUCUGUAAGGUCAGUGGGUUCUACCCCAAGGACAUCACCGUGACCUGGCUGAAAAAUGGGGAGAGCAGACAGCAGGACACCUACUCCGAAGGCAUCCUACCCAAUGGGGACAGGACCUACCAGACCUGGGUGACAAUGGAGAUUGAUCCCAAGAUCAAAGCCCAUUAUUCAUGUCAUGUGGAGCAUGAAAGCCUGUUAGAACCACUCUCCAUCUCCUGGGAACCAAAUAACAAUCUGAUUCCCAUUGUGGCUGGAGUUAUCACUGCAGUUGUCCUGAUUGGUGUUAUAAUUGGAGUAGUCAUCUGGAAAAAGACGCCAGGUAAAGAACCUGGGAUGGGGGGGUUCCCUGGACUUGCUGGGCCCUGCACAUACCCCUAA